UAUUGAAAAGUGGGCAAAUAAAAUCCUAAAAUGAAAGGGUUACUAAGCAAACCUCAGUAUUUCAGGCCCCCGCCUCCCACAUCUCCAAUUUGAAAGCCGCCUCUCUACUGGGAGAGAGGAAAGCUCUUUUUCGGUCAGAUGGCGUCCGCCCCCAGGUUUCUCGCACCCACACAACCAGCAAAAAGGCAGCCAGCAACCAAUACGGUUCGCCGGGGGAAGAUAACUGCCAACGAAUUCAGACGAGUUAUGGGAUUUAGCUGGUGUCAACAGCAGUCAGAAGUGAGAAAGAUAACGAUUGUACAGGAAAAUAAAGCGAUUAUAUAAAUACAUUUAAGGCAUUUACAAUAGGUUGUGUACAAUAGCUUUUUAAAAAGUAUGUAUUUAUCAAAUCUCUUACAUUGAUGGAAACUUAGCUAACGGGACUGGAUGGGACUUUUAAAAAAAGAGUCUUCGAGGGAUGAGACUUUCGAUAAGUCCUACACCAUGUCUCUGCCGCGUAUGCUGGGCGAGCUGCAGCUGUACCGGGUGCUGCAGAGGGCCAACCUGUUGGCCUACUACGACACCUUCAUCCAGCAGGGCGGCGACGACUUGCAGCAGCUCUGUGAGGCUGCAGAGGAUGAGUUCCUGGAGAUCAUGGCGCUGGUCGGCAUGGCGACCAAGCCACUGCACGUGCGCCGUCUACAGAAGGCCCUACGCGACUGGGCAGCCAACCCGGCCCUCUUCAACCAGCCCCUGGCCAACAUGCCCCUGGGCGGCAUCCCGCUGUUCAAGGUGAAUGGGACGGGUGCCAGCGGAACCGCCUCCAGCGGACCCAGGAAGUCCCUGAGCAAUGGACAGCCAGGGUCGCCGUUCGAUAGGGAGGACAGGGCGUGCCUCACCCCUAUGUACAGCGGGAGCCCCAGAAGCCCCUGCUCCCAGGCCUCGCCACAGCCCCCGGACACCCACUACAGGGGCAAGCUGUCCCCAAUGGACCCCCACUGGCUCAGCCCAGAGCCAGAUGGGAACAGUGCCUCUGUCUCAGCCUCAGGGGUGGACGAGGAGCAGCCCAGGUCACCUCUACUCCCCCCUCGUACCCCAGGUCCCUCCACUCCCCCAGCCUCCUCCUCCUCCCUCUCCCCGGUGGUCCUCUCAGCCUGGCCUGGGGGCCAGCUGGACGGAGAGACGGCACGGGCAGUGGGGGAGAGUGUGGACAGGCUCCUGAGGACCCUGCUCAGGUCGGACCCCAGAGAGGUGAAGACACUCCUUAGGAUGAACAAGAAGAUGGCCAAGACGGUGGGCCACAUCUUCAAGAUGGCACCUCAAGACAUGGCCAAGGAGGAGGAGAUCCGCAAGUACAGCCUCAUCUACGGCCGCUUCGACUCCAAGAGGAGGGAGGGCAAGCAGCUCACACACCACGAGCUGAUCAUCAAUGAAGCGGCCGCCCAGUUCUGUAUGCGUGACAACGCUCUGCUUCUGCGACGGGUAGAGCUCUUCUCAUUGGCUAGACAGGUGGCAAGAGAAUGCGCCUACACCUCCACACUCAAGCAUGCCAGAACAAGUGCAGAUGACUGCAGUUUAUCAUCCCAAAAGAGAGUGAAACAUGAGGUGAUACUGUCAGAAUGUGUGUCCUCCCUCCAUGGUGUGGAGGGUUCAGAGGGCGUGUCCCAGAGGGCUGACGAGGACAGCUUAUCAGGAGAGAGUCUGGACAGCUUAACACAAGAUGUAGCCUCACAGUGCAACCAAUCUCCAUCCCCCCGCCCCCCCACCGACACCUCCAUCCCUGCCAACUGGAGUCGCCAUCUCAUGCAACAAACGCUCAUGGAUGAGGGGCUGCGAUUGGCUAAGAUGGUGUCACAUGACCGAGCUGGCAAGCUCAGCCUUAGGUCAGAGGGGACACAUACCACAGACUUUGAGGUCAAGGUGGAGAGGAGGGGCUCGAUAGCAGUGUGCAGCAGCAGCAGCCCUGGCAGCACCAAAGAUGACUCGGACCACAGGGGAAAGUAGUGAAACCAACCACUCAUCAUCCUGAGAACCCAUCAACAACCCUGCCUCUCAGCUCCACUCUGAUCUUGGAGGGCACAACUCAGCAGGUUUUACAUCUGUACUUAAACCAUUGACACUUGGGAGUACUGGGGAGGGGAGGUGGAAUGAAUCAUUCCAAUUUAAAUCCAUUUUGGAUCCCAAAUGACAUCCAAUUCCCUACAUAGUGCACUACUUUUGAUCAGAACUCUGGUCAGAAGCAGUGCAUUAUAUAGGGAAUAGGGUGUUAUUUGGGACGGAGCCCAUGAUUGGCUGAAUCGGGUGGUUCAGGGAGAGGUAAACAUCAUAAACCUUCUAAUACUAUGGCCUUCCAAUACUGAAAUUGAGGGAUAGGCACUCUACAACUUUACCUCUGUAUAUAGUGUGCCCAAACACUCCAGCGGGGGCUUUAGCAACAUGCAUCCACUGGGCUACGGUAACACUUACACAAAUGUAAGAGGUAUGUCACACACUGAUGUGACAAUGUCUCUGUUUGCCCACUUUGAACAUAAUCCCAAUCCCCAUAAUCCCCUCCUCCCCCACCCCGCCCCCAGGACAAUGGAUGCAAAAUGUUGAUAUCAUGACUAACUUUUGGUGCUAUUUUCGUUCUGUUGAUACAAGGUUGUCACUGAGAUUAGGAUAAGUAUCUGUUAUGACACUGCCGUUAAAGAUUGGUUUUACAAAGUGUCACUAAUUUGAGUGUUGACCGUUAGAUGAUAAAGGCAAUGUGUACAGAGAAGAUAAUCAGGUUCAGAGGCCUUUUUCUUCCAAUACUGCAGCAACUGUCACUGACACCCACUGAAACUGUUAAUUUAGAGGGGUGGGUUUGGAUGUUAAUAUGUUAACACUAUUGAGCCCUUAGAUUAAAUUGGUUGGUGAACUCAACAUUCUUUGAUUUAACUUAAUAAGGCUUAAACAGGCAACAAUAAUUUGCAUAACUCUUGAGGCAAUUACUAAAUUAGCAAUGACAAGAAUGCUCAUCUCCCGAUGUUAUUAUUUUAAUACAGUAUGUAUGUCGCAUCAAACACUAAAUUCUUUGAUUAUGAAGUUUUGGAGAAUUCACUUUUUUUGUAAGAAUACAUAGAUGUUACUGGGAAUGAAUGUUUAAAAGAAAGGUGUUUGGAUGGUUAGGAAAUCAGGGAGAAUCCAGGACAUUACAUUUUCUGCAUCUGAAAAGGUCCCCUAUUUCCUAUAUAAUGCACUACUUCUGAACAGGGCCUGCCUCUAGUCAAAGGUGGUGCACUAUAUAGGAAAAAGGGUGCAAUUUGGAUGGACACAUUAUUUCCAUGAAGUACCUAAACUGUAACCUCCUGCCUCACAAGCAUUAAACAACCUCCUCCGUUUGUUAUGCUGAACAGCAGAUUAUUUAUUUUGUUAAAUCUCAAUAAAUGUUAUUUUAUUGUUUUAAAAUUCUUGUUGUGGCUCCAUCUGUUGCACUCCUUGUGAGGAAAUCCAUCCACCCCAUCUGUUGCACUCCUUGUGAGGAGCAUAAGUGUCAAAUGUAUGAUAAGGCUGAAGAAUCCUGCGUCAAUCGAAUGCUGCCAGUAAUUCCAGAACUAAUAGAAAAGCACUAGGUCCAAA